AUGGUGUUGGUCCACUACACGUGGAUAUAUGUCUUGUCCAUAAUCGUGGCGUUUAUUGGCGCUUUCGGGAUCGGCGCUAAUGAUCUCGCCAAUUCCUUCGCGACAAGUGUCGGCGCUAAAGCCUUAACGAUAUCUCAAGCCAUACUUGUUGCUGCUGUGUGUGAAUUUCUUGGCGCCAUCCUCUUGGGAGCGGGUGUGACAGACACCAUCCGCUCCAACAUUGCCAACGUCUCCCUCUACACCGACUCUCCAGCGCUCCUGCUCUACGGCAUGUUCUGCGUGCAAGUCGCAGCUGCCUUCUGGGACAAUUUUGCAUGCCACCUGGAGCUGCCGGUCUCCACCACCCACACCACAGUGGCUGGUGUGAUUGGUAUGAGCCUGGUGCUAUUUGGGGGCAACAGCGUGGUCUGGCUCAAGCACACCUCCACCUUUAUCUAUAUCACAGGCUUUGUGCCGGUGGUGUUGUCGUGGAUUGUGUCGCCCAUACUCUCCGGCAUCAUUGUGACCAUCCUGUAUGGCCUCGUCCGCACCUUUGUGCUGCGCUCCAAGCACAGCUUCAAGCGUGCCUUCUACCUUCUUCCCUUCCUUGUCGCCCUGACCCUCUUCGUAAUUACCGUAUUCAUCAUCCAGACGGGUGCCAAGAACAAGCAAUUCAAAAACAACAAUAUCCCCGAUGGAAAGAUCAUCUGGAUUUCUGUCAUUGUUGCCGCGGCCUGUGGUCUAAUCACCCUUUUGCUGGUGAUGCCCUACCUGCGCAAGAAGGCAAUCCUGUGGGACCAGGAGCAGCAGAGGUGUGCUCAUGCCUGUUGCUUAACAUGUGCCCGUUUGAAAGACGUUGCUGACCUGCAGGGGUCUCGCUACAAGAUACACAACACCUUGGAUGAGGACGAUGCCAAGAAUUACCGGGCCGAUGUAGCCGAGAUCUGGGAUGCAGGCGAGACUUUUGACCCCAAGACUGAGCGCCUCUUCAGAUACCUGCAGGUGUUCUCUGCCAUGGUGAUGUCCUUUGCGCAUGGCUCCAACGACAUUGCCAACGCCAUGGGCCCCUUUUCAGCUGUCUACUACAUCUGGAGCACCGGCAAGGUGCCCAAGAGCGUGCCCGUUGAGACCUGGAUCCUAGCUGUGGGAGGAGCUGGCAUCGUGCUGGGGCUGGCCACCUACGGCUACCUCAUCAUGCGUGUGCUUGGCGUUAAGGUUGUCAAGCUGUCCAACGCCCGCGGCUUCUGCGCCGAAUUAUCCACUGCCAUCACCGUCGUCCUGGCCUCCCGCUUUGGCCUGCCUGUGUCAACCACGCAGGUCAUCACUGGAGCGCUGCUAGCAGUCGGCUUGUUUGAGGGCCGCAAGGGCGUCAAUGUCAAGGCCUUCAUCCGGAUCUUUGGCGGCUGGAUUAUUACAAUCAUUAUCGCUGCCCUGGUCGCUGCCGGGUUCUGCGCCUAUGGCGUGUACACACCGACGAAGUUUGCUCCUGCAUCCUGGACCUGA